UGAGUGUGUGUGUGUGUGUGUGUGUUCCAUCAAAAUAUGUCAAUCCAAUUUUAGCUGUUUAUUUGUCAAGUAGUAAAUGCCUCAAUGAAAAAAAAAAAAAGUAUUUAUGCAAAACAGAUAUCAUUAAUCACAUCAAAAUUUCAAUUCAUAACAUAUACCAGUCGGGUUCUGCACUACGCAGGUGGUUAUUUCUGCAGAUUUUCACAGCAUCCACCACAUCAUUCAAGCGCGAGGGUGAGUGGAUAUCAAAGUUAGUGAUGAGAGGCGGUGCAGGAACAGACGUCCACUGUGCUAGUUCAUUGCAUCAACGCGAAACUUAAAUAGAAAUCACUUGCCAUGCCCCAAUCCUUCGCUACCCACAAGGCAGUGGUGGUGGUGGUAUUCCCUGUCAUCCCUGUCAAGUGAAUUAAACACGAAGAAAAUUGCAACUCUGUCACUAUGACUUGCAACUUCUAAAGGAUGUUUCACCAUAGUUCGUUCUCCCUUAGUGCAAGUCAGACUCACCACAACAGCCGCUCCCCAUCACAGUUACCAAUCCGCCGCCUCCCGUAAAGCACCAGCCUCUACGAUGGCAGACGACGAACCCAAGGUUGAUGCCGCCAUGACGCCUUCACCGCCAGUGACGCCGGGGAGUUUGGUGACGGAAGACCACGUGCGGGCAGCGCUCACAUCAGACAAGGGCACCGCCGCACAACUCACCGACUGGAAGGUCGUGGACUUCACCAAAAAGGGCGACAAUUAUGCCUGUUUAGUGACCAGCGUCGAGGUUAAAUAUGAACUCGACGGUAAGAGCAGCGAGGUGGUCUAUGUGGUGAAACUAAAUUCAGGCAAGACUAUUGGAGGUGACAAUCUCGUUCAUAUUCUCUUCGAAAAGGAAUGUAAUUUCUUCCUCGAUAUCGCACCUCAGAUAAACUCUGUAUUAAAGGAGAUUGGUCACACAGAGAUCAACGUUCCCAAAUGCUUCCAUGCAAGUCUGGAGGAAGGAAAAGAAGUGAUCUUCCUGGAGGACCUACGAGCCAGAGGCUACAAAAUGGCUGACCGCAAGCAAGGGUUGGACAAGGCUCACACUACCCUUGUACUGAGAGAGCUGGCCAGACUCCACGCCGCCUCCCUGCUGCUGCAGAACAGGACUCCUGGCGAACACCUCGGAGAAAAGUACCAUCUUUUAAAGAUAGGACUGGCCUACUUCUUUCAGAAUUAUGAUGCAAUGUUGAAUAUAAUUAAAGACAGCGUGUCAUUUUCCCAGACUCUCUUAAAAACAGUUGGAGGAUACGAAAGGGUAAAUUCCUGGAUGGACACAAUCUUGGCUAAUGUAGUGGACAUCUUCGAAAUGCUGAAUUGCGGCGAGCCUAAGGUGGUGUGUCACGGAGACUGCUGGAAUAACAAUCUUCUCUUCAGGUACAGCGAGACCGGCCACCCAGAGGACGUGAUGCUUCUCGACUUACAACUAGCAAAUUACAGUGCCCCGGCUGCCGAUCUGAACUACCUCCUCUAUACCAGCAUGUCGGGAGACGUCAGGAAGCCCAACAUUGAAGCCUUCCUGGGUUUCUACUACACCACUUUCAAGGAUGUUAUGGAGGCUGGAGGCAAGACAGUACCAUUCACGCAGCAGCAGCUCCUCAAGGACUUUAGAGAGAAGAACGUCACUGGCACAAUAUUUGCUAUAUUGUCUGCACCAGUAAUGUUCUUGGACGCUGAGGACACAGUAGACUCUUCGAAAGAAUGUACCGAAGAUCUUGUAGAAACGUUCCGUGAGGCAAGAGAAAAGUCGUGGGAAAUACUAGACAAAGAUCCUCAUUUGAAAUCGAGAUAUUUGUCCGUUUUCGACGAAAUGAUGGAACUAGGAAUAGUUUGAUGAGAGAGAGAGAGAGAGAGAGAGAGAGAGAGAGAGAGAGAGAGAGAGAGAGAGAGAGAGAGAGAGAGAGAGAGAGAGAGAGAGAGAGAGAGAGAGAGAGAGAGAGAAUCUUCUUUUUAUGGUUACAACACAAAUCUUACUGUUUACUUAUCAAGGUGUAAAUGCUUGCUGUGAAUUUAAACAUCUAAAACAGACAACGUGAUUGAUAAGUUUCGAUUCAAACUAUUAUACAUAAAGCAAAAAAUGAAUAUACUACUUUUCUUAUA